CACUUCGCAUCCUGCUUCUCUUCUCUCUCCAUCCACUGACCCAGAAUGACUGUCAUCGGGCUCGACCGCUACGUCGGCAUCGACUGCGAAAUGGUGCGCUGCAACACGGAGAAUGGGCUGGCUCGGGUCGCAAUCGUCGACCAUACCGGCAAGGUCCUGUACCAUUCCUACGUGUUCCAGCACCCGAAGAACGUGCUCGACUACAAGACGGACAGUGAGCGCCGACUCGUGGGCAAGCUGACGCCAGAAUCGGGGAUUACAAAGGCGCUCCUCAAGGACGCGCCGACCGUCGAAACCGUCCGCAAGGAGGUGAUUGAGAUCAUCAAGUCGAAGAUUAUCGUCGGGCAUGCGCUCUUCAACGACCUGGCCGUCCUCCAGCACAGGCACGACUACGAGGACGUGCGCGACACGGCGCUCUUCUACCCGCUCCGCGAGCGCAUGGGCGUCAAGACGGAGGGCAUGUACCCCGGCCUGCGCGCCAUGGCCAAGGAGGUGCUGGGACGCGAUAUCCAGGAGGGCGCCCACUGUCCCAUCGAGGACGCCCGCGUCACGAUGGAAAUCUUCCUCAAGUACCGUGCCGACUAUGAGAAGGGCCUUGCCGACGGCGACGACGUCGUGUCGGGCGUCCCUCGCGCGCACGCCAAGUGGUACUGGUAAACAAACACCACGCACCGCCCACACCAUUCCCCCACUACAACAAUCCCACGCCCGCCCCAGCGAUACCCAGCAUUGUGUAUAACCUCCAAGGUUCGCUUUGUACCCAUCCUGUCCUUCCUUUGUACCCCCAUGUCCCAGGUCCCGCGGCCAUCGUCAUCCGUC